CAGUUGGGGAGACUCACAUUCACACAGCAGCGUUUGUUCAGACAGAAAGUUUCAGCAGCAGCAGAAAUUUCAGGAGAGUAAAACAAGUUUUUUGAGAUAAAAACAGAAGAGAAGAAGUACGAGUGGCAGAAAUAUAAGAGCAGAAGAAGAAGAGGAUAGAUGGAAGAUCUGUGCAGCGUCAGCGGUCUGGAUCCUCUCUGGGACUGGAACCUGACGUGGCACACCACCAGGCCAGACCUGACUCAGUGUUUCCAGCACACCAUCCUGGUGUGGUUCCCUUGUGUUUACCUGUGGACCUGUUCACCUCUCUACGUGCUCUACCUGAAGCUCCGCCCCCACCGAGGCAUCAUCCCACUGUCUAAACUCUGCUGCACCAAGACGCUCCUCAGUUUGAGUCUGGCAACUUUGGGUCUUCUGGAGAUCUUUUACUUGCUGGUGAAGAAGAAUGAGGAGAUCCACAAGCACAUGGUCUUCCUGCUGGGCCCGAUGGUCCGAAGCGCUACUCUGGUUUUGGCAGUUGUUAUAAUUCAUGUAGAGAGGAUGAAGGGCAGCCGUUCAUCCAUCCUCCUCUUUCUCUUCUGGACUCUUCUGGUUGUUUGCUCCGUUGUUCCUCUGAAGGUCAACAUCCAACAGAUUAUUGAUCAGGGUUUUUCAUCAGAUGCUGUUCGUCUUGUAGCGUUCUUCGCCUGUUUUUCCCUCCAGUUCAUUCAGCUCAUUCUCUGCUGCUUCUCUGACCGCCGACCGCUCUCUGCCAAACACACCUACGUCCAGAAUCGGUGUCCUGAAGAAGAUGCCUCAUUUCUCUCCAAGUUCUUCUUCUUUUGGUUCAGCAGUUUGGUGAUUCGUGGCUAUCGGCGCCCCCUGCAGGCUGCAGACCUGUGGUCCCUGCGGGAUGAGGACUCCUCCGUCCGGAUCCUGUCUGACAUGGAGAAGGCCUGGACUCGGCGCUGUGCAGAGCUGCACAGGAAGGACCAUGCUGGUUCUGGACCUUCCUGUUCCUGGUCUGCUGGUUCUGCUGUGCUGACAGAAAAAACUCAGCUGCUGAGGAAGAGGAGGAAGAGGCAGAGCUACAGUCUCUUCCUCCUCCACACACUGGGGCGGAGCUUUGGACCGGACUUCCUGUGUGGAACAUUGUGCCUGCUCCUCCAUGAUGCCUUCAUGUUUGCUGUGCCGCAGGUUCUCAGCCUGCUGCUGGGCUUCAUGCGGGACGAGGACGCUGCCAUGUGGAAAGGUUUCCUGUUCGCCUCGCUGCUCUUCCUGCUGUCCUGCCUGCAGUCUCUGCUGCACCAUCAGUACAUGUAUCUCUGCUUCACUGUAGGAAUGAGGCUGAAAACUGCCGUCAUGGGCCUCAUCUACAGGAAGUGUCUGGUGAUGAGCAGUGCAGCUCGGCGGCAGUGCACGGUGGGAGAAAUCAUCAACCUGGUUUCAGCCGACACCCAGAAGCUGAUGGACUUUGUGGUUUACUUCAACAGUGUGUGGGUGGCGCCCGGCGAGAUCGCACUCUGCUUCUUCUUCCUGUGGAAGCUGCUCGGUCCGUCUGCUUUGGCUGGUAUCGCUGUCGUCAUCCUGCUCUUCCCUCUGAAUGGAUUCAUCGCUAAGAUGAGGAGCAAACUGCAGGAGGUCCAGAUGAAGUUCAUGGACAAUCGGAUCAAACUGAUGAAUGAGAUCCUGAACGGUGUGAAGAUCCUGAAGUUCUAUGCCUGGGAGGCUGCUUUCCUGCGGCGUGUCGGCGAGCUUCGGGACGGAGAACUGGACGCCCUGAAGAAGUCUCAGAUCCUCUACUCAAUCUCUCUGGCCUCCUUUAACUCUUCCUCCUUCCUGAUCUUGUUUGCAGUCUUUGGAGUCUACGUUCUGAUCGAUGAGCGAAAUGUUCUGGAUGCUCAGAAAAUCUUUGUUUCUGUCGCUCUCAUCAACAUCCUGAAGACUCCUCUAAGUCAGCUUCCUUUCGCCAUGAGCACCACCAUGCAGGCUUUGGUCUCGCUCAGACGUCUGGGAAACUUCCUGCUGCAGGACGAGCUGAAGCUCGACAAUGUGGAGAGACUGCCUCAUAACACAGACAGGGAUGCCGUGACCAUUGAGGGUGGAUCCUUCGCCUGGUCAGCUGACGGGCCGCCAUGUCUGCAGAGGAUCAACAUGGUGGUGAAGACUGGCGCCCUGGUGGCUGUAGUCGGCCAUGUUGGCUCAGGAAAGUCCUCACUGCUUUCCGCCAUGUUGGGAGAGAUGGAGAGAAGGAGCGGCAGCAUCUCCGUCAAGGGUUCGGUGGCCUAUGUCCCCCAGCAGGCCUGGAUCCAGAACGCCACUCUGAAGAACAACAUCCUGUUUGGCCAGGAGAGAAAGGAGAGCUGGUAUCACCGCGUGGUGGAGGCCUGCGCUCUGCUGCCCGACCUGGACAUCCUGCCUGCCGGAGACGCCACUGAGAUUGGGGAGAAGGGCCUGAACCUCUCCGGAGGACAGAAGCAGAGGGUGAGUCUGGCUAGGGCCGUCUACAGGAAGUCAGAUGUUUACCUGCUGGAUGACCCGCUGUCGGCUGUUGAUGCUCACGUGGGACAACACAUUUUUGAUCGAGUCAUUGGACCCAAAGGUCUCCUGAAAGACAAGACUCGGCUGCUGGUGACUCAUGGCCUCAGCUUCCUGACUAAGGCAGACCUGGUCCUGGUGAUGGAGGGGGGUCAGAUCUCUGAGAUGGGAUCCUUCAUGGAGCUGAUGGACCGGAAGGGAGCCUUCGCCCACCUCAUCCACACCUUCAGUGGGCCACACCGCAGAGAGAGCUCCGCCCACAGGGACAAGAGCAGCAGGAAGUCGUUGUCUCGCCUCAGUAUGACGGAUUUCUCCAUCGAUCUGUCUCAGGAGCAGCUGAUCAGCUGUGACCUGAGUGGUGCCAGUGUUCAGAUGAUGGAGGCUGUCGAUCAGGACUCAGACCCUGAGGAUUCUGGGAAACUUACUCAGGCUGAUGAGGCUCACACAGGCAGGGUGAAGCUGCAGAUGUACAGAGAGUACUUCAGGACCGUCGGCCUGACCUUCAUCAUGACCAUCAUCUUUCUCUGCGCCUUCCAACAGGCCGCCUCGUUGGCCUACAGCUAUUGGCUGAGCCUGUGGGCUGAUGAGCAGCCCGUCAAUGGCACACAGAGUGACCACGAGUUGAAACUCAGCGUGUUUGGAGCGCUGGGUGUCACCCAGGGAGCGGCCAUGUUUGGGACAACGCUGGCUAUCGCUCUGGGGGGCAUCGUCGCGUCGCGUCAUCUCCACGCCGACCUGCUACACAGCGUCCUGCGCUCGCCCAUGUCCUUCUUCGAGGCGACACCCAGCGGAAACCUGCUGAAUCGCUUCUCCAAGGAGAUCGACGCCAUCGACUGCAUGAUUCCUGAGGGGCUGAAGAUGAUGUUGGGCUACCUGUUCAAGCUGCUUGAGGUCUGCAUCAUUGUGCUGCUGGCAACACCGUUCACUGGGCUGGUGCUUGUGCCGCUCACAUGUCUCUACAUCUUCAUUCAGAGUUUCUACGUGGCGGCGUCAUGUCAGCUGCGACGCCUGGAGGCAGUAAGUCGCUCGCCGAUCUACAGCCACUUCAACGAGACAGUGCAGGGCGCCAGCAUCAUUCGAGCCUUCGGUGAACAGCGGCGCUUUGUGCUGCAGGCCGACCAUCGCAUUGACAACAACCAGGAGGCUUAUUUCCCUCGCUUUGUCGCCACCAGAUGGCUGGCGGUGAAUCUGGAGUUUUUGGGGAAUCUGCUUGUUCUAGCUGCUGCCAUCCUGUCGGUGCGAAGUCGGGCUGAGCUGAGCCCAGGCAUCGUGGGAUUGGCGGUGACACACUCUCUCCAGGUGACAGGGAUCUUGAGCUGGAUUGUUCGAUCCUGGACUGACGUAGAGAACAACAUUGUGUCAGUGGAGAGAGUGAAGGAGUACAUUGACACCCCCAAAGAGGCCGCCUGGACACUCCCGGCCAGUCUGCUGCCUGCAGCUUGGCCCACCACAGGGACCAUCCAGUUUGAGGACUACGGACUGCAGUACCGUAAAGGUCUGGACUGGGCCUUGAAGGGAAUCUCCAUCAGUAUCCAGGACAAAGAGAAGGUGGGGAUUGUUGGACGGACCGGAGCGGGGAAGUCCUCCCUGGCUUUGGGACUGUUCCGGAUCCUGGAGGCGGUGAAGGGACAGAUCUGCAUUGACGGGAUCAACAUCGCUCAGAUCGGCCUUCAUGAGCUCCGCUCCAGAAUCACCAUCAUCCCUCAGGACCCGGUGCUGUUCUCAGGGUCUCUGAGGAUGAAUUUGGACCCCUUUGACACCUGUUCAGAUGAGGAGCUGUGGAGAGCUCUGCAGCUGGCUCACCUACACGCCUUUGUGUCCGCUCUGCCACAAAAACUCAACCAUCAGUGCUGCGAAGGAGGAGAGAACCUCAGUGUAGGUCAGCGGCAGCUGCUGUGUCUGGCCCGAGCUCUGCUGAGAAAGACCAGGAUCCUGGUUCUGGAUGAAGCCACAGCAGCUGUGGACCUGGAGAUGGACCAGUUGAUCCAGUCCACCAUCCGGACUCAGUUUAAGGACUGCACGGUCCUGACCAUUGCCCACCGCCUCAACACCAUCCUGGACUACAGCAGGGUCGUCGUGAUGGACCGAGGCUCCAUCGCAGAGAUGGACUCCCCCUCCCAGCUCUUCCAGCAGCAGGGCCACUUCUAUCAGAUGUGCCUCCAGGCCGGUCUGACAGACUCAUUUAAACCAAUCAACACGCAGUAAACAUGUGAUGUCUGUUCCUCUGUGCAGUCAGUGCAGUAAGGAGUAAAAACCUGGAUGGGUGUGUGAACCUGUUAGAUGGAUGAGGACUACAGGUUUAUAGUUGGUACAUCUUUGAAAGAUCAGUUCAGAGCAGCCCGACCACGUCUGGAUGUUCAGUCUUUUUAUCUCUAACUUGUUUUGGACGUUUACAGAAGUGACAACCAUGAAGAGAACUUAAUUUAUAACUUCAUCAGUCUCAUGAUGGACAAUCUGUAUCUUCUUUUAUUCUAGUUUUGAGCUUCUUGAUAACUGUUGUGAUCGAUCUUCCUGCAGGCUGUGUGUUAGUGAGCAGCAGGAUUUAUCUGCUAUGAUGAUGUCACAUGUUCCUGUUUCAACAGAAAAUAAACUUCAUGAUGUUUCCUGUGA